GUGUCACGAUCCACAUGUGACGACCGUCCUCACAGGCAGAGCAUCCAAGCUGCUCCCUCUUUCUGGUGAUUUCCCUGUGAGAGAAAAAGUGAGAGAGUGUGACGACUGUGGGACAGAAAAAAGAGAGAGAGCGAGAGGAGGUGAGAGAGACAGAGGGAGGAGAGAAUAGCGCUCAGACAAUCUGUGUGUGUGAGAGAGAGGUAGACACAGGAGGAGAGAGGAGCUGGCUGGGAAACAAUAGUUGAACAACAAAUCCAGUGUUGCGUGCAGGAUCUCUCUGGAUACCGCUGCUGUCUUUCUGCUGCCGGGCGCUGAAGACUGUGGUGGAUCCAGACGGUGGGGGAUGGAGCGGCCCGACGAAGCAACCCUCCUACUACCUUUCUCCCUACAGCUCGCCGACCUUGAACCUCUGCUGUACUAGCAGGAACAAGAGACAAAGACCCUGAGAUACAACUUGGAUGAAAGAACUGUGAGACCGUAAUAAAGAAAUAAAUAAAGAGAGACGUGUUGGACGUCCCGUGAGGAUCAAAAGCCCCGGGGUGGUCCGAUCAUGAAACCUUUAAUCUCCGUGGGCCCCCCUCCCGGCCUGCUGCUGGUCCUGAUGUGCUGCCCCCUGCUGGGCUUCGUCCAGUCUGCCGGAGGCAACAAGGCCAGCGAUAACGGACACCCACACCUGGGAGACUCGGACCCAGAGCGCUGCAUGAGGCACCACUUUGUGGAGACCAUCACACACCCGAUUUAUAAGUGCAACUCCAAGAUGGUGUUGCUGGCGCGCUGCGAGGGCCACUGCAGCCACACGACCCGCUCCGACCCCCUCAUCUCCUUCAGCUCGGUGCUCAAGCAGCCCUUCAAGAGCACCUGCUCCUGCUGCCGGCCGCACACCUCCAAGCUGAAGGCGGUGAGGCUGCGCUGCGCCGGCGGGACGCGCAUCACGGCCACUUACAGAUACAUCCUAGCCUGCAACUGCGAGGAGUGCAGCUGAGCGAGGAGCAGCAUCCUCCCACACCCUUCAAGACUCCCCAGACCCAGGAUCCUCUUGGCCUCGGGCCGGACUCUUAAAGCUAUCCAGAGGUUGAUUAUUGGAUCAGGAAAUUUUCCCGGAGGACGACGGCUCAAGAUGUUGUUAUCUUGGGAGUGAUAGUUUGGAGCAAUCGUACCACCCUCACACAGACCUUAAAAAUUGACCUGCAGCCUUUGGGACUCCCACAGAACACACUAUACCCUCUCCAUUAUGUGCAUUCAAUCAGUGCAAACCAUGCGAAUCAUACUUCUCCGAGCGCACAAGGCCAGACACCACAAACUGCUGCUCCCAUGGGCCACUUGGAGACCCUCCUCGCUGCGGAGACGCACUGCACUCAUUACAGGCCUCCGUAAUUCAUAACACACAUGCUCACGAAAAAACCACAGCAUGAAGAGCUCAUUACGAAUAUCUGUAACAGCUCUCCGCCAGCUCCAUAAAAACCCCACCACGCAUUUGACAACAAAACAACACGCCUCGUUAAAAAGCAGCAUGGGAAAGGACGAGGCUCGGCGAGCGGGGAUCCACGUGAGCCCCAGACAUGUGGUGGACCUAUAGAGAGGCACCUGCGCCGCGCUCAUUUCACCCAAUAACAUUUUACACACUCCCUGCGGACCUUCAUCCUCGCUGUGUAAAACAUGAGCGAUGCUGACAGGAGAGCUCAUCAGGUGAACAAUAAACGAGAGGAGGCAGACGGUGUAAGAGGAGCUCCGAGGAUGAAAAGAUAAAAGGUUAAGCCGGCGCCUGGGUGGUCGUGAGGACUGUCAAUAGACCAUCAAGGCUCUCCGUGUUUCAUUUUAAAUGUAAUCUAUUCUAUUUGAGUCUUUGUGAUGUUCCUGUCAACAUUAUUGAAACCGUAGCUGCCGGAUUUGAUGAAACUGACGCUUUUUGCCUGUCGUGUAUCGUUACUAAUGUUUUGACAACUCCUGUCAAAACAGAUCUACGGUUGCUCCGCGUACGUCUGUACAGCCUGCAUACGUUUCCCCAUCGUAGUCCACCAGGAUGAAUUACUUUUCAUUUCGGUGUGUGUGUGUGUGUGUGUUUGUCAGGCUUUAAUACGUCUAAAACUCCAUUCAGUGCUUGUGGUCAGUUUAUCUGAAUUAAAAAAA